CUCUUAGAUUUUGUAAUUAUACCUUUCAGAAUCAAUUAAUUAAUGCACACUAAACAUGUGUUUUCCUCUAAUUUAUUUUCUGCCUAUAUAUUAGCCCAAGUGGCUUUCCAUUUGUCAUUCAAGCCUUAAAAAUUUGAUCUUAGUUUAAUUGUUGUUUUGAUUUCACCGUUUUCUGUAAGAAUGGCUGGCAGCUCCUUGCAACAACAGAUUGCCUCCAUGAGGCAAUCCUUGUUUGACGAGGGACUCCUAAAUGAACAGUUCAUUGAAUUGGAGAAAUUGGAGGAUGCGAGCGACCCAAACUUUGUUAAGAAUGUUAUAAAUGUAUUUCUAACUGACUCACUGAAAAAUGUCACUGGCAUAGAAGAAUCUCUGCUACAUUUGAAGGCUGAUGAACCCCUCGAUAUCACUGAACUGGGAAAGUUUCUUCACAGACUGAAAAGCGGCUGCCUCGGAAUUGGAGCUAAAAAGGUGCCUAUUGAAGUUGAGAAAAUGCUGCAAUGUUACGAAGCAGGCGACAUGGAAGGGAUGAAGACUAUACUUCCUACCAUGAAACAAGAAUAUAACAUUCUGGAGAACAAAUUGGAAGCCUAUUUUGAGCUACUUCCACAUGUUGAACCUGGACAGUCAAUUGAUCCUCCAAGCAAAGGAUCCACUAGUAGUGGGGAAUGAAGAGAUCAUUCACCAUUUCAAUAAUAGUAGUACUAAAUAAUGGCGAAUAAAGUUCAGGAAUUUUGCCUUUGAUAGUCAAAUAAUAAUGAAUAAAAGACAGGUGCUCGGCCUACACGGCAUGAGACUGUUGCUCUAUGUUUUUUUUUUUUUUUUUAAUGUUGUUUAGGCAUUUUGCCCUUUUGUUACUCAAAUAAUAAUUAAUAAAGGACAGGUGUUCGGCCUACGUAGCA